GCAAAUUUCUCGUCGUGAUCAUGAGCUGCUGCCUGGACCUGUAGGAACUAGCUGGCGCAGCAGCAGUCCACAGCGUUGAGUCUGCCAGGCUGAGACAGCGACAUCUGUGCUCGGCUGUUGCGAGACAGAUGAGAUGGCAUAGCGACUAGACAAGCUAACGUUAGCUUGGCACCUGGAAGAGAUUGGUUCUUUGUUUUUUCGUCGGUUUGUUGUGAUUAAGUUAGCUAUUUGCUUAAGCUUGCUAGACGCAGGUUAGUCACCAAUGCCCUCACAUAGCUAGAUAUUUAUCUAACUUGCUGCAAGCUAGCGUUAGCUCGCUGCUGGUACCCUUUCAGUCAUUGAAGUAGCCGCAUAAACAUGCGGAUCAUCGAGGCGGAGACCCCUGGGACAUCUUUAACGUUAAACGCUUUCUGCAGGACACGAGUUUCGACUAGCCGCUGACUGGACUCUGCAGAAUCGUUGUAAAGGGGAGAGAAGGACUCAAGGACCAGAUUGCCUACUGAACUUUUUGCCUCUCAAACAGAUCACCAGGGACCAUGCUUACCAUUUUAGCUGCUGGGUCUAUGUUCUUUCCAGGCCUUUUCCUACUGUCCAAACAAUGCCUGAAGUCCAUCCCAGCACUGAGGUGGAGCGAAGGAGAUGCAGUCAUUGUAUCUGCCAGGUUGGUUUCAUCAGUUCAGGCAGUCAUGGCUUCUUCAGCUGGCUACAUCAUUGCUUCAUCCUGCGAGGACAUCCUCGAGGACCAGCAUUGGUUGACUAGCUCUUACAUCAUGUUUGCCGUUCCCUACUUCGUGUACGACAUCUACGCAAUGUUCAUGUGCUACUGGUACAAGCUGCGGGUCAAAGGGCACGAGGAGGCCUCGGCAGCCCCCCAGCGCAUGAGCACAGCACUGACCAGCUACUUGCGUCGGGAGUUCCUCAUGGUGCUUCACCAUGUUGUCAUGGUCACCGUCUGCUUCCCCGUCUCUGUGUUUUGGCGACAAGGAAAGGGAGAUUAUUUCCAGGGUAUAAUGUUUAUGGCCGAGCUCAGCACUCCAUCUGUCUGCUUAGGAAAAAUACUCAUCCAGUACAAACAGCAACACACUCUCGUGCACAAGGUGAAUGGGGCUCUUAUGCUGAUCACUUUUUUCAUCUGUCGGGUCCUCCUCUUCCCUUACCUCUACUACGCCUAUGGAAGGUACGCGUCCAUUCCCUUCCACAUGGUUCCCCUGUCGGUGCCCUGGCACUGUAACCUAGGCGCUGCUCUGCUCAUGGCGCCACAGCUCUAUUGGUUCUCCCUAAUUUGCAGGGGCGCCCUGCGACUAUUCACGGGCUCCAACCGCUCUCGGAGACCACGUGGGACAACAGACGCAGCCAAGGAGAAGCAGAUGGAUGGCACUGCACUGCCCCAGCCUGCCAACGGCUACAGCGCAUGCUCCUCGGAGCCCGAGCUGGCCACACACUGAGAUGAGUGUUGGGGUGGGUGGGGAGGGAAGGGAGGUGAAUGUACCAAUGAGUAUGUAAAGGAAAGAAAGCGGUGAGGGGAAAAGUGAGACUUGAAACAAGUAGCAAUAUGAAGAAAGCUACAGAUGAUGGCCUCAAAUAGUGCUGAAGUGUUAAUGGCCAGCAGUCCAACUCUUGACAGCCAAUACUUUUGGUUGCUGACCUUCAAGCACUUCAGCUUGUCAGUUUGUAGGAAACAAGUUGAGCGUUAGUGCACUCCGUAUUUAAAGAUGUCAUCAGGCACUGUGACAGAUAACAUUGAGUAACAUGCACUGACCUGAGAGGAAUUUGCCUGGAUGUAUAGCAAGCACAGGUGGCUAUUUCCCUCAUGUAGAUCAAAUUCAGUCCUCUCUGCCUCAUGGUAUAGGAAGAGCAGGAAAAUAGGAAUGUAUUAUAUUGUAUGUUAGUACAUUUGCUGUAGAUGAAAGGCCUAAUUCAGUUUAGUAAUGAAGAAAACAUGUCGGCUAAGCAGUAUUUUGACUUGUUAGUGUUUAAUAUCUGUAUCCUCUAUGUAGUCACUGUCACUCUAAGAAAAUGUUACCAACCUGCAGACUGACUCAUCUUUAGAAAGGAGAUAAUCUCAUAAGACUGUAUUCUGCUGCCUUAUCCCUUUUUUCUUUGCCAUUUUCUUUAGUUUUUUUAUUAAUUUUUUUUACCCUCACAGAAGGAAGAGGCUUUCUCAGGCAAAACAAUUUGACUGGUGUAUAUAGCCGAUGUGAAAUUGUCCCUUUUUCCAUGUCAGUAUUGGGUCGAUGUUGGUUUAAAAAAAAAAAAAAGAAGUAAUUUCUGACGUUUUUUUGACAUUUCAGCAUUAAAACACUGUUGUACGGCUUAGUGUAUGCAAACUUCCCUCAAACGUUACGACAGGGUUUCUCGUUUCAGUGUAGAUAUGACUUCAUUCCAUUUACUGGUAUCACAAAGUGUUUGUUUUUUGCAUAUGAGGAAGUGAUGCACAGUAGCAGUUACUUAAAAGAGUGUUUUUUUUAUUUUAGUUUUUUUUAUACUGAUACAAAUCUCAAAAUACCCAUUUAAUUGGCUGGAAUAUUUCAGUAAGGAUCCAUAAGAUUUGAGUAUUUAUAGCUUUGUCAGGGGACUUGCAAUGUUGCAGUUUGAAGGGAAACAAAAGUGAAAACUACUCUUGUAGGGAAGCAUUCUUUUGUGAUAGACAUGCAUUACAUUUGUCCAUGGCAACUAUUUUGAUGUUGCUCCCUUCUGUUUUGUUUUUUUAACCAAUAUGUCUAUGAAUUGUUUUAAACCUUUUACAUUGUAUAAAUUGCUUCAAUCAAUUAGCCGUUUAUUUGAGCCACUGGUUCUAUGAACCUCCUAUGAACAAACUGGCUAGUUUUUAUCAUUUUAUUUGUUUGAAGCGGCUGGACUGUCCUAGAAAUGGGUAAAGAAAAGAAAAAGAUAAAGCUCCAAAACCACAGAGAUAGGGCAACGUGUGCCAAAACAUCUGGACAACUGUGGGCAUGUUGAACACAGAACAUCCAUUCCCCCGUUUCAUGACCUCAAGGUACUGCUUCUUGACUAUACUAAAACAUUUCAACUGAUGUACUGUAUAUUCCACAAAAUGCUUGUUAUUUAUUUGUAUUUAUUUAUUUAUUUGGUUUGUGGUUUUGAAUGCAUAUUUAUGCAUACAUAUACUAUAUGCUUCUGAGCCUUAUGUAAAGGCUGUAUUGUUACUCCAACUUAGCUAAAAUAAACUUCUCUGUCCUGA